CUUCUCCCCGGUGUCGGGUACCACCAGUCUCGAGCCGCAGCUGCAGUCCACACUCCGCUCGCUCGCGCAUCCUCUUUAAGCGCACAUAAACAAGCUGAGGCUGGAAGAAAUUUCGGCAGAAAGGACAACGAUUCCGAGUGCAGCCGCCUCGCCCGGUCCGCUCCAGUGGUAUUAUAUUACAUUUUUAUUAUACGGAGGAGAAAUGGUUAUUAGUGGUAAAAAAAUAGGUGUUUGAUUUUUUUUUUUCUUGAAUUUGAAACAUCGCAAAUCGUUGGACGUGAAAAUGGCUGAGAUAACCAACAUUAGGCCACAAUAUGACGUCUCCCCUGUGCUGGCGGGCUUCCUGGGCGCUGGGGUGUUGGUCGUGUCUGUGACGGUGGCUGUCUUCCUGUGGACCUGCUGCCAGCGGCGCUACCGUCAGCUGACGGGCAGCUACAAGCUUGGCGGCGACGCAGCCCGCGACCCGCCCUACAGGUUCAUUCACAUGCUGAAGGGCAUCAGCAUCUACCCCGAGACGCUCAGCAACAGCAGGAAGAUCGUGCGGGUGGCAAGGCGACUGGGACCACGGGGGCCGCGAGACAGGGAGUGGUGCCGAAGUGGGGGCAAUGCUGGGGGCGGGGUGCUGCUGGUAGACGCGGCCGAAAAUGGGCUGCUCGGCGGCCAUCGUUUACAGGUGAAGCCAGGGACGGAGCCGGGUGCGGGGCGUGAGCUGCCCGUCCAACCCAACGGCUGCAGCCAGGAGGGUAACGAUGCCAGCAGCAGCAGCUGUGAGGCCAGCGAGACGGCCUCCCCCUCCAGCCCAGCUCAGGAGCGCAGCCUAGGCACACUCUCCUUGGCGGUGGACUACAACUUCCCCAAGAAAGCCCUGGUCGUGACCAUCCUGGAGGCUCGGGGCCUGCCGGCGGUGGACGAGCAGUCGAACAGCUCUGACCCCUACAUAAAGAUGACCAUCUUACCUGAGAAGAAGCACCGCGUCAAGACCCGGGUGAUGCGCAAGACCCUGGACCCCGCAUUUGAUGAGACGUUCACGUUCUAUGGCGUUCCCUACAGCACCCUGCCCGAGCUGGUGCUCCACUUCCUAGUGCUCAGCUUCGACCGCUUCUCCCGGGACGACGUCAUUGGCGAGGCCGUGGUGCCGCUGGCCGGAGUGGACCCCAGCACUGGGCGGGUACAGCUCACGCAGGAGAUCUGCAAGAGGACCAUACAGUGUGUGAGCCGUGGUGAGCUUCUGGUGUCCCUGUCCUACCAGCCCGUGACCCAGCGGCUGAACGUGGUCGUGCUGAAGGCUAAACACCUGCCAAAGGUGGACAUCACGGGCCUGUCUGGCAACCCCUAUGUGAAGGUCAACGUGUUCUAUGGUCGCAAGCGUAUCGCGAAGAAGAAGACGCACGUGAAGAAGGGCACGCUCAACCCAGUCUUCAACGAGACCUUUGUUUAUGACGUGCCCGCCGAGCUGCUGCGAGACGUCUCCGUCGAGUUCCUGGUCAUUGACUUUGAUCGCACGACCAAGAACGAGGUGUUUGGGCGGCUUGUGCUCGGUGCGCACAGCUCCUGCUCCUCUGCUGCCGCCCACUGGCGGGAGGUGUGCGAGACCCCCCGCAGGCAGGUGGCCAAGUGGCACAACCUGAGCGAGCACUAGCGUCUCGGGUACUCUCGCGACAGCCAACGCCCGAUCCCUGCGGGGACGGGGGAAGCCCCCUCCCCUGCAGAGAAAGGCAUAUCAUCCUCAACUCUUACUCCUCCCCAUGCAAAAAAAAAAAACACACACAAACACACACACAAUUAAGCUCAGUAGGGACUUUGUACAGUGAACUGUUUGUGUUAUCAAUGAUCAUUAUAGUAAUGGGAUUUAAAAAAAAAAAAAAACACUUAAAAGGACCUGGGUUCAGACUGGGGACUAUGCAGAUCAGUUAUAUCGACUAAAACACUGACUAUGAAGAAAAGUCAAAGCGUUCCUCUAAAUCACUUUGGUCCUGUUGUGUCAGGACUGGCGGGGGAGGGAGGAACCAGUUCCCGAAGCGAAGCCAACUAUUUAGAAUCCAUUACAUACUGUCCUCGACUCCACAGCUUUCCCCUUACUGUGUACUGAGGAGUAUAUAGAGUGCGUUAAAAUUAUUGCAUGUCCAGAUAUUUGCAUUCAAAGGACAUAACAGAAAAUACAAUGGUGCACACAUAAGCAGAGUCUCAUAACUUGUGAGUACAUAUUGUUGUUCCUACUUCUGAAUACAUAUUCUUAUUAUUCUUACCGAACAAUAAUUCGCUGAGUGCUCCUCAAAUGCCGGGCCUUUAACAGCGGGGAAAGGCUCAUUUCUUAACGCGCCUCCCUAUGAACAUUUUCUUCCGUGCAGAUUCAUUUUUUAGCCCCAUCAUAUUUUUCGCGUUAGCGAUGAAGUGUAUCAGUCACAUUCACUCACAUAGUACAUGUUUCCAUCAAUGAUCCAGAAAUAUGCACAAGCUUAGUCUUGUACCAUGGAAUUCCCUCAAAGCGAGGAAUAUUAUACAGGAAUAUUAAUAAAAGAUUAAUUUAAACACAUCUUAGCACAAUGUUCAGCUUAAUGGACAGCUUGAGAUUUAUGCAGUUUUUUUAAAUUCCAGCGAUUUUUUUCUUUUUGUUAGAAGAGCUCAAAGUGCAAAUGUAACUUUGAUAUGGUUAUGGUGUAAGAAUUCCACUAGUUUACAUGUUUUGGGUUCGUCAGCUGAAAGUCCAUAAAGACGGACCACGGUAGCACUGUUUCCCAGCAGUCACCCGCAAACCCAAAGAUAAUGUGUUUAUGAGCUUCAAUGCCAGUUAUGCUCAUAAUUUUUGGCCUUGUUAAUUAUGAUUUGAUUGGACUUUAUAUACUUAGAUGAUAAAGUCUGAGUGACAUUGUUAGGGUUGUGAUUCAGAAUAUCCUGUCCUUUGAUUUUUUUUACUCUUUUGGGGAAGGAGAGUGUGGCGGCCUGGGAGUCGCUGAAGGUGUGUGUCAGUUGUUGUGGGUUUCACAGUAUCACUCACACGCACGCACACGUUGUAGCUUCACGCGUGUACCAGUCGCGGACACUGCGUCUUGCUCUCCAUGGUCUUUAUGUUCGCUCCUGUUGCUUCUGAAGGGUAAAACCCACCUGUCAUGUGCCCAUCAGGUUGUGUCUCAGCACCUUCAUCACUCCCCUGUGUCGAAGUGGGAGCUCCUGUAUAUUUGUGUAUAUUUGUUUUUAUUUUUAUCUGAAAUCCCAUUACGAUUGCAGGCAGAUUCAGGUGUCCAUUUUCACUUUGCAACGUGUUGCUGCCCAAAUGCAGCAGUGCUUCCCCGGACGUGUUGCGUGGGCCCGCUGGAGCGGAGUAAAUGCCACCAGUAAGUGUCCUUUACAUGGAAAACAUAGUAUGUGCCCGAAUAUACAUGGUAAAUAAAAAUAUACAUUUUACAAUACAUGCAUGAAAUCAGGUAUAUAGCAUCAGUUUUUAAUACAUGUAUAUUUUGACAAAUUAAAAACUUGUUUUCUUAUUUUUUGGAAUUUUUGUAGUAUGUUGACAUGCUUUCCGUCUUCAUUUCAGCCUGGCAGAAUUUACCUUUGAAUUUACCCUGGGUUGUGUUCCAAGUGGCUUUCCUUUGUUUUCGAUAGGUGUUCUUGUCCAAAAUGAGGCAGUCCAUCGUAACUGUUUAUAAAAUAAUUAUAUAAUACAGAUGAUCACCAAAUGUUGCACCUUUUAACCAAUUUAAUUCCCAGUCAUCGUCACAAGUUCUACACUUCUUUUUGCAGUUUAUGGUCCAUAGACCACAUCUACCUGAAAUAGUACCACUCCUAUUUGUGUGUUUGUGUGUGGACACUCUGCUCUUUAUUAUAGUCUCACCCAUUCAUUUCCUACACCCUGAUGUGAACAGAUACAUGCCACGGUUGAGGUAAAAUACAAUGAAAGUGUUGAUCAUCAAUGUUAUGUGUUCAGAUACCUGGUGUGGAGGAUCUCAUGGAUUCUUAUGGUCCUCAAGUGAAAGAAACCAUAUUUAUGGUGGAUAAAAGUUCUAACUGGGCCAGAUCUGACUGGACUGCAACCCAAGGGUUAAAAGAGGUUGUCAGGCAGUACAGCAGAUCUCCGCAUCCUUGCAGACUGUACUCACACAGCUCUUGUGCAGCAUCACUCUUUAGCUUGUGUUGCUGAUGUGGCUGGAGCAUAACAGCUGUGACCUUAACCAGUGUGGCCAGAAAAGCUCUGUGACAUUUGUACUGGAGAGGCAUCACCAGAGAUUCUCCCCGAAAGCCUUGAUUUUAGUUGCAGUCAUAGCAGCAGCACGUGUGAACUGUGUAAGGAGACAACUGCACUUCUAGUCUUAUGGGAUUUAUAAGAACAUUUGGUGUGACUCUCUUGGUAGUUGAUGUUCUUCAUAUUGUCACUGUGGGUGCAGAGGCACUGGAUGAGAUGGACCACACUGUACAUCAUGCUGCGGUAACACAGGGCUGGACUCCAUUGAGAGAACCACCUGAGGAGCUGGUGUACCUACCCACAGCGUUGGUAGUGCAGGUUGUGCGAGCACGGUCAUGGCUAUCUGAUUGUGGUCAAAUAGCCAAGCAUGAAUCUCCAGGUUUGUGUGUUUAACUGUUCGCUCCUCAGACCUUCAGCUCCUUUGCUGCUUGUGGGCAAAGGAGGAAGUUCUGGACAUAUCAAUUUACUUUCUGUAUGAAUCCAUAUAUCGUACACCUCACUCAUUUAGUAGUUUAUACUCAGUUUAACAGCUGGAUUGUGGGCAGAGGGCUCACAGAAAUGUUACGAUUCACUUGACUAGUGUCGUAGGGCAAGCGAUAAAAUGACCAAGCGAUGCAUGUCGGUAACAUUUCAGGAAAGUGCAUCAGUGUUUAACAGAUUACCGGGACGACGUUCUGUGUCUCUCACUGGUUAUAAACCACACACUUCCAAUCCUGUGACAGUUUUGCGGUUUUGCUUAUUUCGCUUGGAAUGCAUAACAGAGAAAAGAUGUUUCUUUCUAGAAAAGUGAAGUACUGGGAAUAGCAAGGUCUCUUAGUAGCUCAUGCCUGUAAGACCUUUCCUAAAGGUACAUUUAUUCAUUCAGCUGAUGCUUUUCUCCAAAGCAACUUGCGCUGUUAGGCUACCUAAACUUAUUUAUCCAUUGGUGGAAUUUUUUAUUCCAACAGCUUAGGGGAAGUACUUUGCUCCACGGUACUAUGGCAGAAGGUGAGAUGCAAAGCUGUGACCUCCUGAUCCGAAAUCAGCAGCUCGAACCACUAUGUUACCAGCUGCAUUCACCUUUUUUUAUUUUAGUGCUUUCUUACAUGCUGGAGGUUUUUUUGUUGAACUGUACCCAGAAGGGGCAGAUUUUCCAUCUGCUGUGAGAGCUGAUAUGAUGGCAAAACUAUAAUUUAAGUCUCAACCCAGCCCAGAAUUUGCACACAGAUGGUGUUGGGUUUAGUUAAUAUCACCAUGAUUCAUUUGCCUUUUUCUGAUGGUGGCAAUGGAUGCUUUAGAGACAGGAUGAUGCACUCUGUAAAUCCUUGUAGAGCUUUGUAGAGUUGGGCCAUGAGAGGACUGGCUGUGAGUCAAUGGAGAGCUGCAUUGCAUUGUGGGCGACUGCUGGGUGAGAACACACCCCACCCCCUCCGCAGAACUGAUAGUCCACACUCCAGAUCGUGACUCAGCACCGACACAAUCCAGCAAAGACCAUGUGCCAUAGAGUGGGUGUGCGGCAUGUUCCACGUAGUGGUUCCGGACCAUGAUCUGGGCGUGGCCAAGUACACCUGUGUGGUGCUCCCAGGUGAGAGAAAGAGCCUGAGGAUGAGGGGUUCCCCGGGUCCCUCCUGAGUCACUGGGGCCAUCAAACCCCAGAGGACUAUUUUCCCCCUUUCUUUGCUGUUGGGACUUUUUUGUUUUCCUCUCUUCAACUUCCAGCUGCCUCACUGUGCAGUGCACUAUAACUGGUUAUUAUGGUAAUAUAUGGGUCAUUUACAGUAUAAAAUGAAUUGAAUUCCUUGGCUUUGAGGGUAUGGCAGAUGUGAUGGGACAAGAUGAGAGGAUGGAGUGGAAUGGGUAACCAUGGCUGUCCUCUAGUACCAUCAGUUGGCAGUGAGUCGAGCCACUAGUGCCCUGCUCCUUCACCCCCCAUGGUGUUUUUGCAUAUUUUGCUGAUUUGCAGUGUCACACACGGGCAGUUCCAGUCUCUGCCUGGGAAGGGCAGUGGGUGGUGCAGUGGUUAGGGCCACCACUCUAGACUCAGUGGGUGCAGGUUCAGCUCUCACUUCCUGCUGUAGCACUCUUCAGUGAGGCACUUCCCUUGAAAUCAUACAGUAAAAAUUACUCAGCUGUAUAAAUGGGUCAGUAUGUAGCUUAGCAGUGUAAAAUCACACCGGUGAAAACAUUUGUCUGAUGCUUUUCUCCAAAACGACUUAUAAUGUUAAGCCACUUAUACCAAUUUAUACAUUUGUAGAGCUGGGUAAUGUUUACAGGAACAGUUCUGUUAGCGUGAGUAUCGUGCUGAGGGGUACAGCAGCGGGAGGCGUGAUUCGAACUUGUGUCAGCUGCAUGAACAUGGGAAGGGAGGACAGUGCAGUUUGUGAAAACCAAGUAGCGAGAGACAAGCAGCACGGGACUGUGGAACGGUGUUACUGCACACACUUGAUCCUGACCCAUUUUCGGAGCCACGUUAUGAACAGGAUCGAUGCAGAGUCCUUCAUAGGUGUGGGUCUCUCACCUGGGGCAGAAGCUCUUCCCUCUCCCUACACCUUGUCCAGUUAGGAUGUGAUUUUCAGUGGAAUAGUUUUAUGCAAAUGAACCUGCUCCUGGAAUAUUCUGUGAAUAUCUUUGCAUGUUCAGUCACUUUACAGAACCCCUCAGAUCUGGGUGCGAAAGGGACGUCUGCUCCACCUUGUGUUCCUGUGUAAUUCACCGUGGUUUUUUAUAUGCUCUUUAACUAUCUUUUUGGACAGUGGUGAGAGCCCACCCUUGUGAUGUGUGAGUCCCAUCACAGCUUGACUUGUCCCAUCCUGUUAUUUGUCCCAACUUGUGGUAGACAGUGAGAAUCGUGCCCACGAGGACAGAAAGCACCCCCUCCAACACACACAACCCCACCCCCGCACGCAUUUUUACCCUUGAAUGGAAACAUAGUCCAUUUUGAUAUCUGCCCACUGUUGGGGUGUCUGUCUUCAUACCCUCAGUUUUACCCCUCUGCACCCCUCCCCUUUCUUCUUCUUGCCAAGUUUCCACCCUUAUUAGUUCUUUGGUCUCUUGUACUACUGAGGUGGGAUUAAAUGGAAAAAAAAAAAAAAAACAAUGUUAAUUGUAAUAACUACAGUGAAUUAAAAUUAUGA